AUGGAUCUUGCAGAGAGAGGGGUGUGUGUGGAAGAGUGUGACAGACCACGCAGCUGGUGGGAGACUCUCAACUGGAGAAGAAUCUGCUUAUACUUCGGCAUCGCAAUCGUCUUAUACGACUUCUGCUAUUGUAUCAUCAUCUACUUCUACAUCAAGGCGCUGAACAGAAGUCCAGAGUUUCGGCUGGUGGUGUACAAGUCCAACUACAGGUUCAUGAAGCUCUACUACACUUUGCACUAUUACUUCGGUGACGCCUCUCUGCUAGAUGAAGACACUUCCCGCUGGCAGCAACAUGGAGAUCUGUGACAAGACUGUGUAAUUAUUAUAAUUAUUUUCAGCAAGACAGUUUUUUAUGCCACAUGGAGGAGGCAAGAAGUUCAAGAACCU